UCAGUUCCCCUCUGGUAGAGAAGAUAGCAACAUUGCCUGGCUGUAAGGCUUCAUGUAUCCUCCUGGAGCUCAUUUGAAAGGAGCCCUGGAGGAACGGGCCUCAGAACAUGAAUUACUCUCUCAGCAGGCACGAGUAGAAAGCCUGGUGAGGAAGCUGUCUUCUUUAAUUGAAAAAGCGAUGCAUUCUCUUGAGCAGAAUGACCUGGAAUACUUCAAAGAAUUUGAGCCAAUUUUAGGACCAGACUUUUGGAUACUUCCUCAUUCUUGGAACCAGACAGACUCAACACUUGCCUAUCCUGAAUUUGGUGACCCUGAUUGUUUUAAUGAGGAAAUAAGUGAUUCAUGCUUUACAUAUUUGCUAGGAACUUGGAAAGAUAACGGCAAGCCCUGCAUUGUAACCAAUGCCUGCAGGAACAUCAUGACAAAAUUUGGCUGCUCAGAUUACUCCCUGUCACAUCAGCUUUUCUACUUCAUGUUUGCAGAUAUGAAAAGAUGCUCCAAUCAUCUGUUCCUGAGAGCCCAGUAUUACAAGAAUAUUUUCUGUGCUAGCAUGAUGAAAAUAAACAUGGAGAUCGAAAGCAAUGGAUUCAAAUAUUUCUCUCAAGACCUUUUCAUGGAAAAUAUUAUGUUCUGUGGUAUGUCUGGAUUCUCUGACUUCUACAAACCCCACUGGCUGGAGGCCAUUCUUUCGUGGCAGAGACCUGAAGAGGGGUGCUUUGGGAAGCCCAGUAAUGAUUUUGCACAUUCCAGAGGUACAGACCAAAACCAGCUGCUGAGAAGAGUUAAGAGAAGAGAGAAGAUGUUGGCAGAUGGAUGUUCCUCCCAUAAUACAGCUGUUGCAGUUGGAGCACUUGGAGGAUUCCUUUACUACUACUGAAAAUGCCAUUGUGUUCCAGAUGAUCAGCCUGAAACUGCACACACCAGGCUCUCAUUGAUGGGUUAGCCAUGGAAUGCCACCUCCAAUUCUACCAUGAAAAGGGGCCAUUUCUUAAGUCAUAAUCUUCCCUUUCAGUAUAUGGAGCAGCCCCACCAGAGGAACCAAUUUUAACCAAGUGCUACUAGUGCUAGUUAGUAGCCCACUGGUGUUUUCAAAGCAUCAGGGGGUUGGUAGAUAUUUCAGUAGAUUGAAUUCCAGUGUAGUACUCCCACCACUACCACUGGACACAUUUUUUUUCUAAUUGCAUUGACUUCAAAAGUAGCACCUUCAACUGCAGUGGAGUUGAAUUCAUUUCUAUUUGUCCUGGGUAUUUCUAAGGUCUCAUACCUUGUUAUCUCAGGGCCUGACCCUGCCUUUUGUUGAGCAUCUUCAGUCCUAUUGAAAUCUAUGGGGCUGUAAUGCCUUCAUGGAGUAAUUUAGUCAUUUAGACCUAUUUUGGUGGACUGACUAUGGACCGAGUAAGAUGCAUCACACAGUAAAGAAAUUAGAUAAUUUUACUUCAGGUGGUGGUGAUACAAUUCUCCAGAUCCCAGGCCUGUAUAAUCAGUAGGUUCCCAUUCUCUAAUCCUAUGGUUAUGGUUUAAGACUUUUUGUAUUUGUUGUUUUACUAAUAUUAUAGAGAAAGACAUUAGAUAUUAUUCCUCUGUACUUUGAUUCUUCAUGUUCCCUGUUGCUGAGUACAUAAAAACAAUGAAACUGC